AUGCGCUCGUGGUUCUACACCAAAUAUGGAGGCCCCGCGGUGCUGCAGACGGGCGACCAGCCCGAGCCGGAGCUGCGCGGGCCCAAGGACGUCGUGGUCAAAGUGCACGCGGUGGCGCUGAACCCCAUCGACUACAAGCGUCGCCAGGGUGUUCUCAAGAUGCUGCUGCAGGAGACGUGGCCACAUAUCGUAGGGUAUGACUUCUCGGGGGUCGUGACCAAUUGCGGGGAUGCACUGGACACGUUCGCACUGGGCGACGAGGUGUUCGGAAUGCUGCCACACGACAGCAACGGAGCUCUGGCGGACUUCAUCGUGGUGCAAGCGGACUACAUCAGCAAGAAACCAGCGAACCUGACGCAUGUGGAAGCUGCGUCGUUGCCACUGGUCUCGCAGACGGCGUUGCAGAGCUUUCGACUAGGCCAACUCGCUGAGAACAAGAAGGUGCUGAUCACGGGUGGAGCUGGCGGCGUGGGCUCCGUUGCGAUUCAAAUCGCCAAGUCCGUCUUCAAGGCACAAACUGUUGCAACCACUGCAAGCACCAAGAAGCUGGAGCGAAUGAGGCUGCUCGGCGCAGACGAGGUGGUGGACUACGGACACGAGCGCUUCGAGCGCGAGCUGGCAGAAUACGACUUUGCUCUGGACUGCACGGGAGAGGCUAAGCAAUGCUUCGAGUGCGUCACGCGCGGCGGCGCCGUCGUGUCCAUUGCUGAGACGCCAACGUGGAAAUCGCUUUCAACCAGCGGCGACCUCCAAGGAGUGAGCGUGUCCUACUUCCUUGGUGCUAUCCUGGAUUGCCUGAGCAGCUCGGUGACGCGCCGGGCCCGGCAAGCUCAAAUCACGUACGAGUACCUGUUCACAGUGGCCGACGGUGCCGUCAUGGACGAGAUCCGGCAGCUAGCAGAGCGACGCGAGCUCACGCCUGUGAUCGACAAGGUUUUCCCGUUCGAAAAGGCCGACAUGGCGAUGGAAUACUUGGAAGCGGGGCACGCCAUGGGCAAAGUGGUUGUGCAGCUCAUUGACACCACCAAGGCGAGCUGA